AUGAGUGAUGGCAUUCCUGAUGUUGACAAGUUCGAACUGACGAUUUGCUGCGAACUAGCCAACCAUCUGAAGCCGGAUGAAGAGAUCACCGCAAUAGGUGGAUCAUCAUCUGUUGUGUUUUUGGGCACAAAUAAUGGACGUGUCAUACAUAUCAAAAAGCAAAAAAGUCGUUUCAAAGUUGCUGGAAGUUUUGAACUGCCGACUAAACAAGUGAUUCGACAAAUCGAGUUCGCAUCAGCUCUCGAUAUUAUCCUAGCACUUUGUGACACUAUUCUAUUUGAUAUCGAACUGGAAUCUUUUAGUAUUGUUUCAAACCGACCGUCAGCGCAGUGCAUUGCUGUUAAUACGAAUCCGAUAGUCGAUGAUCCAUUUUGCUUGCAAAUCGCUGUCGCAACCACCUCAAAGCAAAUACACUUUUGCGAACGACGAAAUGGCAAAAUGGAAGUUGUGCAGAAAUUGAAUACAGAAGUAAAUACAUCUGCAAUGGCAUUCUCACGGCUGACCAUCUGCUUUGCAGCGAAUGGCAUGUACAACAUUUACAAUGUUUCCACAAAAUCGGUGAUCCCUUUGUUUUCGUUUGAUGCGAAAGUCAUCCGACCACAGAUCUGCUGCGUUGACAUGGAGUUUCUUGUAGCUGGAAUGGAUGGACUUCUUAUCUCUGUUACGGAACAAGGUGUUUCGAUUCGACCUCCUACGGUAAUUUCAUCGGUGAUGGUAGAUGCGAUGGUGUGCUGCUCUCCUUACGUGUAUCUUCGGACUUCUGACGAGGUUUUGAUUGUUAGGUACUGA